CCAGUUGUUCAAAAGUGUCGUUAAAUAUAACGAUGAUUAAGCCUAACGAGUCGUUAAAUCUUAACGCAGUCGCUAACUAAUCAAUGCGUUAAAUAUUGUUGUUCAAAAAAUGUUAACGACAAUGUUAGUUAACGCAGUGUUAAAAUUUAACGAUGUGAUUAAAAAAAUAAAAUUCCCACAAUUCUUUGUAAAAUUAAACUUCCUGUUUUAAUCAACAUGGCUGCAAAUGUGUCUGUAAAAACUUCAAGAGACAGAAAACUAAAUUUUACAGCAGUUGAGAGUAAUUUAAUAAGUGAGCUGGCUACAACACAUCUAGAAUUACUCCAGGGGAAGCAUUCCCCAGAGGUUACCAAUGCCAAAAAACAGGAAAUGUGGAAGGAAAUAACAUCCAAGGUGAAUGCAUUGGGGGUGUGUCUCAGGACAGAGACAGAGGUUCGAAACCGCUGGAGAAACCUGACCCGUGGGGCUAAGCAAAAGUUUACAUCAGUACAGAAGGAAAGAGCACAAACUGGUGGUGGUCCUCCUCCCACCCAGCCUUCCCAAGCAGAGGAGAACAUUAUUAAUUGCAUGAAAGACACGGCCUCUUUCCGUGGGGUUCCCGGUGGUCAGGAAACUGUAAUUGAGGGACCAGAAGGUAGGCCCUCCUCCUUAGUAAAAAAAGCAAAAGAGAUGAAGGGUCAAAUUGAAGAAUAUCUUCAGAAUUACCAGCCAUUAAAAUCAUUGCCAAAAGUUGGAGAUAGCCUGUUGAAUGAUUAUGUUGACAAAACUAAAGGCAUCUCUGAGGAAGAGAGAGAUGAAUUAACUUCCUAUCUCAGCUUGAAACACAAAGACAUUUUCAAUUUAUCAGUCAGUUCUGACAUUCCAUCUAUGAUGCACAAUACUAUAUCCUUCAUAAUCCAUCAUUCAGGACACAAAGACCAAUUACAACACACAUCACAGUCCAGUGUGAAUGUGCAAUCCAAUACCGUGAAUGAGGAGAUGGAGGAAGUAUGGAGAAAUCGCCUGGACUUUCAUUUUAAUGCCAUCAGUGAUGCCUCAAUUCCUGCAGCAGCCCCAGUGACAGUUGUUCACGAGAUGGUACAGAACAGGACUGACCUGACUGUUAGAUCUGAUGAACAGGAGCCACCAUAAAAGAAACCCAAGAAGAAGACAGCUGAUGAUGUAUACAGUCUGCAGUGUCAAGUUUUGGAGAGAAAACUGAUUAAAACCAACCUCCAAAUUCAGUUAUAUGAAAGACUUCACAGCAAGCUUGAUGACAAUCUUACUACAGGGUUGCUGUCUUUUUUGGAGCAGUAGAAUAUAAAGAUUCUAUUUCUAAUGUUAACCUGUUGUUCUCUCUUUGUUUUGUUUAUCGUUAAAAUAUAUAUUAUAUAUAUAAAUAUGUUGACUCUUUGUCUGGUUGAUUUUUUAUUUUCCACUGGUAACACAAUUAUAAACAGUAGUGCCCACACUAAUAGGAUCAAGUGCUUUCUGAGGCUAAUUAAAAUUCAAUUUAUGCAGAAAGUCUUAAAGAUACAAUUAUAACUACAAAUAUCACAAAAACUGAAUAAAUGACUAUACGGUAUAUGUUUUAUUCCUAGGUGAGGUCAGGUGAACCAUGUUUUAGUGGCCUUCAGCUGUUAUCUGCUCUAUUGUCGGGUUGUUGUCUCUUUGAUAUAUUUCCCCUUUUUAAUUCUCAAUUUUACUUAUUGAUAUGAAACCUAGCAAUAAUUCAAUAGACCAAAUACUGUCCUACCUAUAAAUAUUGAUUGAGAAUUUCACAUGACAGACAAAAAAACUU